GAUCACUAUCUGACUAUAUCACUAUUCGAUUACUAUCUGACUAUAUCACUAUUCGAUCACUAUCUGACUAUAUCACUAUUCGAUUACUAUCUGACUAUAUCACUAUUCGAUUACUAUCUGACUAUAUCACUAUUCGAUCACUAUCUGACUAUAUCACUAUUCGAUCACUUUCUGACUAUAUCACUAUUCGAUCACUAUCUGACUAUAUCAUUAUUCGAUCACUAUCUGACUAUAUCAUUAUUCGAUCACUAUUUGACUUUAUCAUUAUUCGAUCACCAUCUGACUAUAUCA